AUCAGAGGAAGAACAAUAAGCCGAAGAAGAAGCAUGGAGAUACUCCUCUUGACAUUGACACAUGCACACUGCUCGAGUGACAUGUAGCUCACACACAGUAACUUCUAUAGUUUGGAAAAACAUGGGACCCAAUGACAGACAUUAAUUUGUGCUGCAGCUACUGACUGGGUUGUUCGAGCUUAACCCUGCAGCUGUAGCUCCUCGUGCUAAAGCUACUCAUAAUGGGGUUCCUCCUCAGGACUGUAAAACCCUUGUUUACUUCCCCACAACACUGGAGACCUGCCAGGUGUUUCCAACACAGGAGCUGCUCUGGUCGAGCUAAACCAAGCGUCACCUCCACAGAGAGGGGGACAGCAGCCGGAGACACGUUCAGGACCCAGCUGUCCUCUGGUCCAAGUCUCCAGGAUUUCAUCAGAGCAGUGUCUGUGAAGCAGACUCCCGCUGCAUGUGGAGAAGACUCGGACUCAUCCGGAUAUCUCCCCGAGGACCUGGUGAGGGGCGAUCAGAGGAGAGUGUAUUUUGAAACCUAUGGCUGUCAGAUGAACGUGAAUGACACGGAGAUAGCCUGGUCCAUUCUGCAGAGGAAGGGAUAUCUACGCACGCUGGAUUUAAACGAGGCAGAUGUUGUGCUUCUGGUGACGUGCUCUAUCAGAGAAAAAGCUGAACAAACCAUUUGGAAUCGAUUACAGCAACUCACAGCUAUGAAGAGGAGACGGUUGAAGAGCCAAACACCGAUGAAAAUCGGUAUUUUAGGCUGCAUGGCAGAGAGGCUGAAGACUGAGCUUCUGGAGCGGGAGAAGCUGGUGGAUGUUCUCGCCGGGCCGGACGCCUACCGGGACCUUCCCCGCCUCUUGACGGUGGCUGAUGGAGGUCUUCAGGCGAGCAACGUGCUGCUGUCCUUAGAGGAGACCUAUGCUGACAUCAUGCCCGUCCACGUUGCUCCUCAAGGAUACAGCGCUUUCGUGUCCAUCAUGCGAGGCUGUGACAACAUGUGCAGUUACUGCAUUGUUCCCUUCACUCGGGGCCGAGAGAGGAGUCGACCUGUUAGCUCCAUCCUUGAGGAAGUUCAAAUGCUCUCUGACCAGGGUGUGAAGGAGGUGACAUUGCUCGGUCAGAAUGUGAACAGCUACAGAGACACGUCAGAGGAGCAGUUCUGCAGCUCCGACCUGACCACGCUCAGCCGGGGCUUCAAGACGGUGUAUCGCACAAAACAGGGAGGCCUGCGCUUCUCCGACCUGCUGGACCGAGUGUCACACAUCGAUCCCGACAUGAGGAUCAGAUUCACCUCCCCUCAUCCCAAGGAUUUUCCUGAUGAGGUUCUGCACCUGAUUGCGGAGCGAGGGAACAUUUGUAAUCAGAUUCACCUUCCAGCCCAGAGCGGGAGCAGCAGGGUGCUGAAUGCAAUGCGACGUGGCUACACGAGAGAAGCUUAUCUUGAUCUGGUGAAAAACGUUAAGAGAAUUAUUCCAGAGGUGGCUCUCAGCAGCGACUUCAUCUCAGGCUUCUGUGGUGAAACGGAGGAGGACCACCAGCAGACUCUGUCUCUGAUCAGAGAGGUGGGCUACAACGUGGGAUUCCUCUUUGCCUACAGUAUGAGGAAGAAAACCCACGCCCACCAUCGGCUGGAAGAUGACGUGCCAGCGGAGGUGAAGCGGCGGAGGCUGGAGGAGUGUAUCGGUGUGUUCAGGGAGGAAGCUGCCAGGGUCAACGCUGCUCUCAUCGGCAGCACACAGCUGGUCCUGGUGGAGGGACAAAGUAAAAGAUCAGUGGAGGACCUGUGUGGGAGAACUGAAGGCAACGUGAAAGUGAUUUUCCCCAAAGAGGAUGUUGCUGUUCAGGCUGCAGAAUCCACCACUGCACCGAUCAACGCUGGAGACUAUGUGCUGGUGAAGAUAUCGUCGGCCAGCUCCCAGAGCCUGAAAGGUCGAGCCCUCAGUGGCAGGUCCCUGAGAGGCUCGGUGAACCAGUGUGAGACUGUGACCAGGCACCAGGUUGAUGCACGUGUGGCCUCAGACACGGCCAGGAUUGAAACCUGCCACUGAUCAAUUCAGGUGACUUGACAGGAAACCAACUCUUGACAUGAUCCUCCUUCUCUUGAUUUGAGGACAUCACAGACAUUUUGUUCAUCUUACGGUCACACCGAACUGCUCUGAUGAGCUACUGAAACCUGUAAGAUUUGUUAUUUAUAUAGUCAGCCUGUCUAUGCUAUGUGUAUGUACAUAUUGAACUGCACAGGUUACUGAAACUUUUUUGGACCAUGUGUAUUAAAAAAAUAGAUUGUUUUGCCACAUGCUUUGUUUUUUUGGGGGGAGAUUCUCUUAAA